AUGACCGACAUGAUGUCCUACCAAUACCCGCCGCCGCCUCAGAAUGGCGGCGAUUUGGAUCUCCCGCACUCUGGUUACUUGUCCAACUACCAGACCUCGGCCGCUUCCUCUUUGGAGGUAAGAAACCAGCAAGUCCCGGCUGUGCAUCUCACACAGCCUGUCCUCCCAGCCCAAGGUUCUACCAUGUCACUCGCCCAGCGCCGAGACUUGAACAAAGCCCUCAAAUUGAGAAGACCCGAGACGACUCCUAACGUGAGGACACAGGGGACGAACGAGUCCGCUCAUGGUCAAUUUGGAUCCGCUGGAGAAAAGAAACGCAACAAGCUUGGGUACCACCGCACCUCAGUUGCCUGUACCCAUUGCCGCCGAAGGAAGAUCAGGUGCAUACCCUAUGUCAAUGACCCUCAAGGCCGGUGCCAAAACUGCAUUAGAUUGAAGAAGGAGUGCACUUUUCAUAGUGUUGGCCAGGACAUCCCUCCCAGCAACACGCAGAGGCCAGGAGUUAGGACAGGACCAGGACCAAAGAUAGCUUCAGCAUCCACUUCACCUGUGGCUACGACCGGCCAUCAGUCUGCCAUCUCGCCAAAUCAACCCUAUCCGCAAAUCACAUCUGUUUCUUCCCACAUGGGCCCGCCGAUUAAGCCGGAAUCCUUUUCCCGGGACGCCAAGUUGUCCACGAGCACGCCGACCACUAGGAACUUCCAGUACAGCCACAAUGCUAACAGUUGGGUGUCGACGGAUACCGGAGCCAACCCCGCAAAGACCCCGGAUAUGAAUGCGUCGUGGAGAUCGUACACGCAAGACUCGCCGGUCACGCCGGGGUUCUCGUCGUACACCACUCACCCGCACACAACGUCGCCGUGGCCUACAGGGGCAAUGGGAACCCCGGUCAGCAACGACUCAACAUCCCGCCACGACGAGAUUGCCUGGUCGCCAUACCCCACGCCGGGCCGGUCCCUAUCCUACGGAGGUGGCGAGAACUCGCAAAAUUAUGCGCCAGUGCCUUCACACGUGGCCGCUGCCGGCUCGGCGCCCAACAGCGUCUACGACAGACGGUCUUCCAUGGCCGCAGCGGCAUCCGACAUGUAUCCGCCAGGUGCAGCGGGCGGUAUCGCGACGACCAUCCCCAACGUGGAGAGCAGCAUCCCGGGGACGGCACUGGAUCCCAGCGGAUCCCUAUCCGCCGGAGCCGUGCCGACCCAGGCAGGCUACGGGGCGCCCUGGCAAGCGCAGCCGUACACAUACUCCAAGACGGGAGACGGCUACGAGGGCUGGUACAGCACCUCGGGCCAGACGCCCACCCAGGUCCCCUCCAAUACGGAUCACUCGCCGCAGAGUGUCUACUACGCCAGCAGAUGA